AUGUUAAAAUUAGAAAAGGAUUAUCCUGGUAUAAAUGAAUUAUGCAAGACUUUUGCAAAAAAUUUAUCAAAAAUUAAAGAUAGAACGAACUAUAAUGAUUACUGUUUGGACUUAACCUACUGGACACAUCAUAAAUUAAAUAGGAAUGAAGAAGUCCAAUUGCUGAAAUAUUUUAGGAAUUUUGAUAGUUUAUAUGCUAAAGAAUCCUUUGAAAAUGGAGAGAAAGAGAAGCACUGUAAUUCUGCAGAAAGUAUUAACACCUUAUAUGAAAAAUAUGCAAAGAGUUGUUGUACUUAUUUUAAAGAUUAUACACCCUUUAAUACAUGUGGAAAAUAUUUUAAAUGUGAUACAAAGUAUAAACCUUAUAAUCUGCAAUCAAAAUUAAAUUGUACGGGUGUUUUAAAAACUGAAAGUACUUUAGCAAAAGUAGAAAUUCCAGUACCAGUGGAUUACCGUGUAAACAGUGUUAAGGAGGAUCUUCCAAAGAUAGAGCAUUCUCCUAAAGAUAUAGAAAUUAAUUAUAAUGAAUUAAUAAAGGAUCCUUUCUAUAUGGCAUCCUUAAGUGUUCUUUCCCUUAUUGGAAUAUUUUUGGUGUUCUUUGUUUUUUACAAGGUAAUUGACAUUUCUUUUGUACCAUGUGAAAAAUUUAUGCUAAAGUUUAUAAGUUAUAUAUUUUUAAAAUUUAUAAUCACAAAGUAA